AUGCAUAUUAUUCGUUCUUAUUCGAAAAAAUUAAAUCGUGAAAUUUAUCCAACCAGUCGCAUUAAAAUUUUUAAAAAAGCCAAGGCAGUAACAAAAAUUGUCCCAAAGUCUAAACCACUAGAAGUAGGAAUCAACGCAACACCCAAUAGUCCAAGCGAUAGUUUCGAGAAUGCAAGUAAUACAAAACCAAAGGCAAAAAAUGUAAAUAAUUCGAGUGAGUAUUUUGAAAAUAUGGUUAAGGUGCAAAUGAUCUCCAAAAACCUACAUGAGCAGAUUUUCAAACAGGCACAACGUCAACCACACUUGGACAAAGCUACCGAACGUCUUUAUUUGUCAGAGUUUAAGCGACACGGCAUUGAAAUAGAAAACACUGAACGCUUGGAGGAUGUGCAAAUAAAAUUACCACCACUACGUGGUAAUAACAUUGAAGAUCAUUUCUAUACAAUUGCUGAAGAACAGGUGGCGCCAUAUAAAAGUCUCUUAAUGCCUUUAGUACAAUGUGCAGAAUUACCAAAACGUCCCAGUCAGUGGGUUUUUCGUGAGGGUUGGACCGUUUAUGAUAACAACACUGGUAUAGGCACUUCUAUUGAAUAUCCUACUGAAAAUGCUUUGGUUUUUGAUGUGGAGGUAUGUGUACAAGAGAGUGGUGCACCUGUAUUAGCGACUGCAGUUGGUACGAAGCAUUGGUAUUCCUGGGUAAGUCCAAGAUUAGCAAGUGCUGAAGAAGAUAAUUUAGAAUUGGAAAAAGAUACAUAUCACAACUACACGUUGGAUGAGCUUAUACCAUUGGGUAAAGUAAGUCCGAAAAUUAUCGUUGGCCAUAAUGUUUCAUAUGAUCGAGCGCGUAUACGUGAACAAUAUUUACUGGAUGAUGUGGGUACCCGUUUUGUUGACACAAUGUCUUUGCAUGUCUGCGUAAGUGGUAUAACGAGCUAUCAGCGUGCUAUGAUGAAAUCCAAAAAAGAAUUACCGACAGAAGAUAUUGAAUGGAGAGCACAAAGUUCACUAAAUAAUCUCGUAGAAGUGCACAAAUUAUAUUGUGGCGGUGAAACAUUGACAAAAGAACCACGUAACAUAUUUGUUGAAGGUUCUAUUAAUGAUGUGCGCGAAAGCUUUCAAGCACUUGUUGAUUAUUGUGCUAGUGACGUGGAAGCUACACACCGAAUAUUAAAGGUACUUUUUCCAUUAUUUGCUGAACGUUUUCCUCAUCCAGCCACGUUUGCAGGCAUGUUAGAAAUUGGUUGCGCCUAUUUACCAGUGAAUGCCAAUUGGUUGCGUUAUAUUAGGGAGUCCGAUUUAACUUAUGAUGAUCUUAUCAUUGAGUCGAAAUACCAUUUAACUCGUCGCGCGGAUGAGUCCUGUAGAUUUAUGCAUGAUGGACAAUAUCGAAAUCAUUUAUGGCUUUGGGAUGAAGAUUGGAGUACACAAGAACUUAAAAUGAAGCAUUCAAAAUCUGGUGCUAAAACAAAAUCGCUUGAUCAUACUCCAGUGGUUGCAAGUGAAAGCGUUAGUGAAAAUUCUAAGGAUUUGCCGAAAGAAGAACAUGACUUGCAGGAAAAAUUUAAAUAUCUUUAUGAUAUGAAACAGUUGUUGCCAGCAAGACGUCCAAUUUUACCCGGUUAUCCGGCUUGGUAUCGUAAGUUGUGUAAAAAGCCACCAUUUAUGCAAGCAUCAAAUGCAGAAUAUGAAGAAGAGUGGCAUCCAGGUGCCACUGAAAUAUCUACUGGCAUGCAAAUUGCACCAAAACUAUUAUCAUUAUGCUGGGAGGGUUAUCCUUUGCAUUAUUUACGAGAACAAGGCUGGGGUUUUCUGGUGCCGUUUCGCAAAAGCCAUGAUCUAACUGAUAAUGCGGAUAAUGUAAAUUGUCGCAUACCGAUUGAAGCGUUAUCUGAACGCUGUCCAGUUGUUGAAUUAGACCAUAUGGGCGCUAGCGAAAAUGAAAGUGAUUAUGCAUUUGACAAUCUUAACAAUGAAUUGGACAUCAAUUUAAGUAAGCGUGACUUUUAUAAAAAAAUAAAAAAGGAUCGCACUGGCGGACAGUAUAAAGGUACAGGAGUUUGGUGUAAUAAGGUACUAGAAAACUGUUGCUACUUCUUGAAGUUGCCACACAAAAAUGGUAGUUCUUUUCGCGUGGGCAAUCCAUUGUCAAAAGAUUUCUUAAAUAAAUUUUCUGAAAAUGUGUUGAGUAGUGGCGAUACAGAGAACGACUCUGCGUCACGUGUUAUAGAAAUUGCACGUAUGAUGUCUUAUUGGCGUAAUAAUCGUGAUCGCAUCAUUGGGCAGAUGGUUACUUGGUUGCCAAAAGAUCAUUUGCCAGAACGUUUAAAAUCAACGGUUAAUGACAAUACUUAUUAUGGUGCGAUAUGUCCGCAAAUUGUGGUUUGUGGUACGCUUACACGCAGAGCUAUGGAACCCACUUGGUUGACUGCAUCUAACUCACAACGUGAACGUGUUGGUUCAGAAUUGCGAGCGAUGGUGCAAGCACCGCCGACUUAUAAAAUAAUUGGUGCUGAUGUUGAUUCGCAGGAGUUGUGGAUUGCUUCUGUACUUGGUGAUGCAUAUGCUUGUGGUGUGCAUGGUGCUACACCAUUAGGUUGGAUGACACUAAGCGGUUCCAAAAAGAAUGGCACUGACAUGCAUUCGGUUACAGCUAAAGCUGUUGCAAUUUCACGUGAUCACGCCAAAGUUAUUAAUUAUGCUCGCAUUUAUGGAGCAGGGCAAAACUUUACCGAAGGAUUACUGAAGCAAUUUAAUCCCACAUUUUCAGCCACUGAAGCUAAAAGCAAAGCGAUGAAAAUGUUUGCUAUUACCAAAGGUAAACGUCUGUAUAAAAUACGUGAAGAACAUUUGGAUUCAUAUGAAGAUAAGAAUUACUCUAGUUAUGAGGCUAUGAAAAUUGCUGUUUCAUGCAAUCGGCCGCUUGCUGAAAUGUUUCACAAAUCAGCAUUCGUUGGUGGCACUGAAAGUGCCAUGUUUAACAGACUUGAAAGUAUAGCUUUAAGUACUUAUCCCGUAACGCCUUUUUUGGGCUGUCGAUUAAGUCGUUCUUUAGAAAGCAGUUCUGGCAAUGAAAGCCGUUUUCUGCCAACACGCAUCAACUGGGUCGUACAAAGCGGUGCAGUUGAUUUUCUACAUCUAAUGCUUGUAUCUAUGCGUUGGCUUAUGGGUCCACAUGUACGUUUUUGUCUUAGUUUUCAUGAUGAAAUACGAUAUCUGGUUAAGGAUGAAAUGUCUUAUAAGGCUGCGUUGGCUAUGCACAUAACGAACUUACUAACGCGUUCAUUUUGUUCAUCACGCAUUGGUUUAAAAGAUUUACCUAUGUCUGUUGCCUUUUUCUCAUCUGUGGAAAUAGACACAGCAUUGAGAAAGGAAAGCACAAUGGAUUGUAAAACUCCAUCUAAUCCAUAUGGUCUACAAAUUGGCUACGAAAUACCGCCUGGAGAAAGUUUAAAUAUAUACGAGUCCAUUGAAAAGGCAGGUGGAAAUGAUUUGACACAGUGGGAGUGGAUAAAAUAAAAAGUUGCUAUUAAAAAGGUUAGCGAGAAUGAUUUGACUCAAUGACAAUUAAUAGAGUAGACUUCAUUUAACAUAAACUACUGUAUAUUAACUGUAAAUAGUCGUUAA